CUCCUAAAUGUCUUAGUAACUGACAAUUGUGUGGAUGUUUUUACCGAUCUGAAGUCAUAUAAGAAGUACAAAUACAUUUUGUACAAAUUUUCUAGUGAUAAAACAAAUUUUGUUGUUGAUAAUGCAGCAGAAUUAACAAAAUCCGAUGGUAACAAUUGUGAAGAAUACUACAAGUUUUAUAAAAAAAUAACUUGUAAGAAAGAUCCUUAUUUUGCUGUUUAUGACUUUGAUUAUGAAAAGCCUGGUGAAGAUUAUCGAAAUAAGAUUAUAUUUAUUUCUUGGAUUCCAGAGAAUGCUGAUAUCCAAAAUAAAACGAUCUCAGCUGCAAGUAAAGAAGUAUUAAAAACCAAACUUGAUAUUUCAUUUCAAAUUGCUGGCACCAUAGCCAAUAACAUUGAGUUUGAACAA